UGCAUGGCCGUUGCUCUAUUUUGUAGUUUUAGUUCUUUCAAGUUCUUGACAUUAACACUCCUAGUCCACUGGCAGCCUGCAUGGUGCUGAGUUUGUGAUCAUGGCUAAUUGUUUGGUCUUUCUUCUCUUGGUUUUAGUUUGGCUUUGGGCUAGGGCUAGGGCUAGCCACAUUGGUUUGGGUUCAAGAUUGAUGGCUCGUGAUCAAAAUGAAGCAUGGGUUUCAGAUAAUGGUACGUUUGCUUUUGGUUUAACUCCAGCGGCUAAUGCUCGUGACCAAUUUCAAGUGGCCAUUUGGUUCGCAGAUCUUCCUGGUGAUCGAACCAUAGUUUGGUCAGCUAAUAGUGAUGAUCUGAUAUAUAGAAACUCCCUGGUCAACAAAAACGCAUUCCUGGAGCUGGACACCACCGGCAACCUAGUUCUAAUCGACGGCGAAAGAACAGUCUGGAUGUCAAACACCUCCGGCGCAGGCAUUACAUCAGCAAGCAUGGAAGAAACUGGCAACUUUAUCCUCCACACUGACACUAACCACUCAGCAUGGCAAAGUUUUGAACAUCCUUCCGAUACUUUACUUCCGAACCAGCCUUUAACAGUAUCCCUUGAACUAACAUCACCAAAAUCACCUUCACAGGGUGGCUAUUACUCACUCAAAAUGUUACAACAGCCUACUUCAUUAAGCCUUGCUUUAACAUACAACUUGCCUGAAACCUAUGAUGCUUCACCUGAAGCUUAUGCCAACUUUUCCUACUGGCCUGGACCGGAUAUUUCAAAUGUUACUGGGGAUGUUGUCGCGGUUUUGGAUGAUGCAGGAAGCUUUGGAAUUGUGUAUGGUGAAUCAUCAAACGGGGCAGUUUAUGUUUAUAAGAAUGAUGGUGACUAUAAUGGAUUAGGUUCAGCUACAAAUCAAUCAAGUACUCGGUCAGCAGUUCUUCGAAGACUGAUACUUGAGACUAAUGGGAAUUUGAGACUGUAUCGAUGGGAUAACAAUGUUAAUGGUUCACGGGAGUGGGUUCCAGAGUGGGCUGCAGUGUCAAAUCCUUGUGACAUUGCUGGAAUUUGUGGUAAUGGAGUAUGUAAUUUGGAUAGAAGCAAGACUAAUGCUUCUUGUACAUGCUUGCCUGGUACUUCCAAAGCAGGGGGUGAUAACUUCUGCGUGGAGAACUCAUCAUCGAUUGGAAGUUGUGAUUCCCGAAAUACAAAUCAAACAUCUGAGUUCAGGAUUGCAGCUGUGCAGCAAACAAGUUAUUUUUUCUCCGAUUUUUCGGUGGUAGCAAAUUACAGUGAUAUUCCUACAGUGUCAAAGUGUGGUGACGCUUGUCUAUCGGAUUGUGAGUGUGUAGCUUCUGUUUAUGGACUUGAUGAUGAGAAGCCUUAUUGUUGGAUACUGAGGAGCUUAGACUUUGGUGGAUAUGAGGACACUGGAUCCACCUUGUUUGUGAAGGUUAGAGGCAACGAAUCGAUGUCUCCAGGAGGCAAUAAAAGGGGGACAGAUGAUGAUAAUACAAGAAAGAAGGUUGUGGUUAUACCUAUAGUUCUCAGUAUGGCAAUUCUUGUUGGCCUACUAUGCUUAUUACUAUAUUUCAAUGUCCAUAAAAAGAGAUACUUGGAAAGAGCUAUGGAGAGCUCUCCUAUUCUUCCUGGUGCUCCUACACAUUUUACUUUCCGCGACUUGCAGAUUCGUACCUGCAAUUUUUCACAGCUACUUGGAACAGGAGGAUUUGGAAGUGUAUACAAGGGAAGCCUUGGAGAUGGAACUUUGGUUGCUGUAAAGAAGCUAGACAAGGUUUUACCUCAUGGGGAGAAAGAAUUUAUAACUGAAGUAAAUACCAUAGGCUCUAUGCAUCACAUGAACCUGGUUCGUCUAUGCGGGUACUGCUCGGAGGGAUUGCAACGUCUACUAGUUUAUGAGUUCCUGAAAAAUGGAUCAUUGGACAAAUGGAUCUUUCCUUCAUAUAGUUGCCGAGAUAGACUACUGGAUUGGUCAACUCGCUUCGAUAUAGCCAUUGCUACCGCAAAAGGGAUUGCGUACUUUCACGAGCAAUGCAGAGACCGGAUAAUUCACUGCGAUAUCAAGCCGGAGAAUAUUUUGUUAGAUGAGAAUUUCUGUCCUAAAGUAUCAGAUUUUGGACUAGCUAAGUUAAUGGGAAGGGAGCAUUCGCAUGUUGUGACCAUGGUUCGAGGAACUAGAGGCUAUUUGGCUCCAGAAUGGGUUAGCAACAGGCCUAUUACUGUGAAGGCUGAUGUUUAUAGUUAUGGAAUGCUUCUUUUGGAGAUUGUUGGUGGCAGAAGAAACCUUGACAUGUCUUUUGAUGCAGAGGACUUCUUUUACCCUGGGUGGGCUUUCAAGGCGAUGAUGAAUGAUACACCACUGAAAGCAGCAGAUCGCAGACUAGAAGGAUCAGUAAAAGAAGAAGAGCUAAUGAGAGCAGUGAAAGUUGCUUUUUGGUGCAUUCAAGAUGAGGUCUACUCGAGACCUUCAAUGGGAGAAGUGGUGAAAAUGCUAGAAGGAUCAAUGGAGAUAAACACACCACCAAUGCCACAAACUGUCUUGGAAUUGAUAGAAGAAGGCUUAGAUCAAGUUUACAAGGCCAUGAAGAGAGAAUUCAAUCAAUAUAGCUCCUUCACCACUGCUACUGGUCACCCGUCAUCUCAUGCUACGUGCAGUUAUUCAACAAUGUCACCCAGAUAGGACAAAGGACAAUAUUUUGUUUGACUUGAUAAUGUCACUGCGUUAAUUUAAGUUUUAA